GGCAGAGCAUUCGUCCUUUAGAAACCAGAUCAAAGCGAACUACUUCUCACUAUAAUUCAAGCAUUCCUUGAAUUUUAAGCUCUUUGCUAUUUGCUUUUCUUUGCUUCUUUUUGACCCUCAGGUCUUUUUCAUUUGGUUAGGACUUUCUUUUUAGAACACCUUCCAUCUUUUCCUUUUUUACAUUCAUCGUUCAUUUUUUCGCAUCUUUCAUUUAAGACCGGAUCUUUUGCAUUUGUUUCUUUCAUUUUUUAUCAUCAUUUUUGAUUUUCUUUUAUUUUUCAUCUAAAACAUUUGAUACAUUAUGUUGUUCUUCAAGUCUCUUUCUCUUUCUCUUCUUUUCCUCGCUUCUCGCGUUCUCGCCGACAACAACAACAACAACUGCUCUGGUAACAAGAAUGUCACUGCCCAAAGUGAUCUCGAUAACCUCAACAGCUGCAGCAAAUUGGACGGUAGCUUGUACGUCGACAGCUUGAACUCUGGUAUCUCUGUCCUCAACGUUGACGGUAUUAAGCAGAUCACUGGUGAUGUUGUUGUUUCCAACAGCCCUCAUUUGGAAACUCUCAACUUCCAAGACCUUGAAACUGUUGGCGGCAAGUUCAACAUUCACGACAUGAUUCGUUUGAACAGCCUUCCCGCCCCUAAGCUUAAUGAAGUCGGCUCUUUGGACCUCAAGGUCUUGCCUAACUUGGAGGAACUCCAAUUCAACAACGGUAUCAAGAAGGCUGGCAGCAUCGAAAUUGUCAACACUCAACUCAAGUCUAUCAGAGGUAUCGACAUCACUACCAUUGGUACUUUCAACAUCAACAACAACAAGUACAUCGAAUCUAUUGACAUGCCUCAAUUGGAGACUGCUCAAUCCAUUAACAUUGCUGCCAACGCCAAGAAGGUCGACGUUAACUUCAGCAAGCUCGCCAACGUCUCCUCUGACGCCAACUUCAACGGUAUCAGCAACGUUUUCGUCGGUAACUUGAAGUCUGCUAAGGGCAGUAUUGGUUUCACCGACACCUCUCUUAACAACGUUUCCCUUCCCUACCUUACCUCCGUUACCCAAUCCCUCUACUUUAUGGACUCUACUGAUCUUGAGAGAUUGAACCUUCCUAACUUGACCAGCAUUGGUGGUGGUUUGACCGUCAACAACACUCAUUUGACCAAGAUCUCUGGUUUCCCCCAGCUCUCUGAAGUUGGUGGUAGUCUUACUUUGCUCGGUAACUACUCCGACAUUGAUCUCCCCAAGCUUUCUGACGUCCGUGGUAGUUUGUUGGUUGAAUCCAAGUCUAGCAACUUCUCCUGCCCCUUCAAGAAGAGCGACGGUGUUAUCAAGGGUAACGACUGGACUUGCAAGGGUGCCGUCUCCAGCAUCGCCAAGUCUUCUUCCGUCAGCAGCACUGCCACCUCUAGCGGCUUCUCCAGCUCCUCUACUUCUGGCUCUGUCUCUGGUGCCUCUCACGGCAAGUCUGCUUCUGGUGACAAGUCUGGUGCUUCCACUGUUGCUUUCUCCGCUGGUGUUGUUGGUAUCGUUACCAUCUUCGGUGCUGCUCUCAGUUUGUAAGCGGAUUUCCUUCAAUUAUUUGAUUCCCAAAAAUGUGAUGGUUUUAUCUAGUGUUUGCAUAAAUUCCCUUCUGUAGCAAGAAGGGAUUCGAUAUUUAUUGUUUGUAUGCAAGCAAAAGUGUUUAUUUUGUUAUUUAAGUGUCAUAGGGCUAUUACUUUCCCAGGUAAUCACUUGUCUAUGAUACUAGACAAGGUGUUCUGAUAAUGGUAUCAUGAUGGAUAUCUUUUAAAAUUGAUACAGAAUCGUUUUUGUCAUAUCCUAUUUCCGUUGGUUUGUUUUGCAUAUAUAUACCAUCUAGCUUAAUUUGUUAAUUGUAGAUAUAAAUAUAUAAUGUUUGGUUAAUUUUAUGUUUUUUGCUUGUAG